GUGGUGUAAAGGUGUUUUCCUUAUCCACGGAUGAGUCUGUUUAGGAGAGAAGGAUCUUAUGUUACAUUGUACAUGAGAUAAAGAGCAGAGGUAGUUCCAAUAGUGAACAGUAGGUGUCGGGUGUGCGCUGUAUCCAGCUCCUCCCCGUUGUAUAGUGGGACAGAUCCCGAACCUGUGGAAUGGUCACAUGACUGCUUAGAGUUCACAAGUCCUGUGUUCCUGCACCGUCCUCAGUCAUGUCUACCGGGGGCUGCUGCCGGGAGGUCUACAGCUGUAUCUUCGACUACAACACUCCUCGUAUAGCUCUCAUUAAGAGCAGGAAGGUCGGGCUGCUGAACAGAGUCAUCCAGCUGCUGAUCCUGGCUUACGUUAUCGGGUGGGUUUUUGUCUGGGAGAAAGGCUACCAGGAAUUUGACACAGUGGUUAGCUCCGUGACCUCCAAAGUGAAAGGCGUUGCCGUGACGAACACAUCGGACCUGGGAUUGAGGCUUUGGGAUGUUGCUGAUUACAUUAUACCUGCCCAGGAAGAAAAUGCUUUCUUUGUGAUGACCAAUCUAAUUCUGACCCAGAAUCAAACACAAGGUUAUUGUCCUGAGCUCCCAGAUACCAAAACAAUAUGCAAUUCCAGUGAUACCUGUAUCCCCGGUCAUGUGGACACUUACAGCAAUGGUUUACAAACUGGACGUUGUGUACCUUAUAACAGGACAGUUCACACAUGUGAAGUUUUUGCCUGGUGUCCAGUGGAAAAUGACAUGAAGGUGCCAGAACCUGCUUUUCUAAAGGAUGCUGAAAACUUCACAGUUCUCAUUAAAAAUAAUAUCUGGUACCCAAAAUUUAAAUUUUCCAAACGAAAUAUCUUACCGAAUAUCAGCACUGAUUACCUGAAAAGCUGCCAGUACGAUCGUCUGAAAGAUCCGUUCUGCCCUAUAUUCCGGCUGGGAACUAUGGUGAAAGAAGCAGGAGAAUCCUUCCAGGAAAUGGCUAUACAGGGUGGAGUUAUGGGAAUCCAGAUUAGCUGGAAUUGUGAUCUGGACAAGAAGCAUACAAACUGUGUUCCAAAGUAUUCAUUUCGACGCUUGGACAACAGAGAACUAGACCACAAUGUCUCUCCUGGAUAUAACUUCAGAUAUGCAAAAUAUUACAAAGAUUCUAAUAACACCGAGUCGAGGACGCUAAUGAAAGUCUAUGGCAUCCGAUUUGAUAUCCUGAUAUUUGGAACGGCUGGGAAAUUUGAUAUAAUUCCAACUAUGAUUAACAUUGGAUCUGGCGUUGCAUUGCUUGGAGUGGCCACUGUGUUAUGUGAUAUCAUUGUCUUCCACUUCUUUAAGAAAAGGCAUUACUACAGAGAGAAGAAAUACAAACAUGUAGAGGAUUACGAGGAGUUGGGAAAUGAUGGAUCACAUGGAUCAGACCAUUGAAACAAAGUAAAGGAAUGGGUCACAGUUUGGAACACAGGAGUGAUUUUGAGUAUUUCCUUCAUUACAGCUCCUGAACAAAGCAUUCCAGUUAGGGGGUCACCUUUGACCUGAUCGGGUGGCAGUGGUUUUACCACCAGCCUGUGUGCACAUGGUCUAAUGUAAUUCUGACAUUUUCUAAAUGGUCCAAAUUGUAUUUCAUUAUAUUUGUCACUGUUUGCACUUUUUCGAAUGUAUUCUUAAAAAGGGCUAGAUCUAAGGUUUUUACUAUUUUUGUAAGCUAAAAUGUGAAUCUGUUUUUGGAGAGAUGAGCACUUAGUUAAAAGCACUUUGUCACAAUAGAAAACACCUGUGUGAGAAGACAGAUGGACGCAGCCAUUCUCUACUUGUCCUUAGUCCUCAGUACUGACACUGGUUUACCUUCAUAGCAGAUUGCCUGACUUUACUACACUGAAUGUACAUUAUUCUGGACUUUUACUGAUGUCUGAACCUUGAGUGUACCUGUUUUUACUUGAUACUUUCAUUAGUUUUAGCUAUGCUUUGAAACAACCUUUCCAUAAGCGCACCCUUACUCUCCCCAUAUCGUGCAUACGCCUGUGUACAUACAUCUGAUCAAUAGGAGAGGAGCCACUGCCUACACCAGGCGUCGCUCUAGUCAUCCAAUUGCUGUUCUACAGAGAGAUGGCUUCUAAUUUUGGACCUUUGGAGAACAGGUCCUACAUGCAUAGUAUCUUGUAAUCCCAUCAGCUUAAAGGAGGAGAAAAGCAUCACCCAGCAUGGUUGAUGUUCUUGCACCCAGUUGUCUGCUCAACUGGUGGAUGUAGGAGUAGAUAUAGCUACUAAAUUUUUUUAAGAGUUUUUUGACAUCUGCUGUCAUUGACCACUAAUAGAAAUAAUGUCACCUAUUAUAACAUUGAUUGUGGAGCAGUAAGACAACAUUACUAGCCAUUCAAGAUUUAUUUAUUUUUUCAGCACCUUUUGGAUGAAUGAGAAAUCGGCCAUCGGCAGCUCUCAUUAUACCUGAGCCAUUCUUACAUCUGGUUGGAUUCAGGCCCUGCUUGGUUGAGAAUUUUUGGCACAGCUUUUUUUUUUUAUCGACUUUUGUCAAGCCAGGUGGUGGCAACACAGCCACCAAUGAAAUGAAUUUGGCCACUUCUACCGUAAUUGGCAGAAAUGUGAUCUGUGUAUGGCCAUCUUUAGUUUUGUACGAAUCGUCAUUUUUUUUCUCCCUGUACUCCUCUAAAGAAGCAUUGUGAAAGAUUAAAACCUGUCCUUGACCACUUCUUCAUUAUGGGUUUUUCGGGAGUCAAAAUCUGUCUCCUUGAGUGCUAAAUCUAUCUUAUACUUUUGCAAAUCUGCCAAUUGCCCGUUAAGCAUUGUAUGUCCAAGGGUCACAAAUGCAACAAGAUGUUGCCAAACACGAGGCAGUUUCAAUUGUGUAUAAUUGUGCUGCCAAUAUUCUUGAUAAAUAUCUCCUUGAGUGUUCUGUUUUGAUGCCUCUAAUGCAGACUAAACACAAUACUGCACUUGUGUUCAUAGUAAGAAUUAUCUUUAAACUGCCCCAGGCCCAAGCACUUUGAUAAAACAACAAAAUAUGAAUGUGUGGAAACUUGCCCAGUUAUGCACCUAUAUUGUUAAAACGUAUUUAUAAAGGCUGAAAAUUUUUGUGGUGACCCUUUUUAAUGCACCGCCAUCACACCAUGACAAGCCUCUGUGUACUGGUCCCCUGGUCACACGAACAAUUCAUGUAUUGUGUCACUGGGCUAUAAGGGUCUAUUGCAUUACUUGAAUAUUGGCUCAGCCAAAAAUCGAAUGUUGAAUCAUUUUCUUAAAGAAGGGAAUGUCAAAUGUUUACAGAUAUAGCCAGUAAAAUAAAGAACUAAAUGCUGUAAUUGACAUUGCACUAGAUGGUAUGGUGCUAAUGGUAGCUGUAUUUUAAUAACUGAGAUAAUGCCAGCAAGGACCAAAGAUAUAACUUUAUAUAGUGGCAGCUCUGUGUUACAGUUACAUUUAUUAUGUGGUAUUUUCCCCUGGGGUAGGCAUUUGAUCACCCCUAUAAUGUGACAAACUUAUUAACGUUGCUGUAUUCUUUAUAGGCCCAAGCGUAUAUAUAUAAAUGUUACCAUGUGUUUGCAAACGGCUCCCAUCCCAACACUCACCUACACUUCUUUUCAUAUAUUCUCUGUUCUGAAAUGGCCACAACACGUUUUUAUUACAAAGAAUAAUUUCAGGCAUUUUUUGGGGGGGUGGAUUAGGGAAAAGUUAACACUCUGGUUUUUAAUUUUGUCUCUAUGGCAGUUUUUUAUUUUACUUUCUGCCCCUGUGACACCCUUACAAGAAAUGGGGGGGAGUCAUUUUCACGGAAACAGGAGACACAGAAAGCAAUAUAAAUAUUGUCCGAGGUCUUAACCCCACUUCUCCACUGAAGAGAUUUCCCCUUACUUCCUGUCCUUGCAGAAAGUCAGGCAAAAUCUUGAACAGGGACAUGUACAGCAAUAAAAGCUGCUGAGAGGCUCUAACCCAACCCAUCUCAACAUUUAACCCCAAGGGAAACCCCUAAACCAAAUGUCCAGUCUUGGGGGAACCCACAGUAAAACCAGUUGAUCAGGGGUCAAUGAGAAAAAUGGCCCUUACAUUGGUAGUAAGGGCUACUACUCUUAUAGAUGGCUACAAAGAUCAUUGGUGUCAUGCCGUUUGCCUUGCCAUGGCAUUGGCCCUUGAACCAUACAGACACGGUCGGGUAGGAAGUCAGUCAGCUACAACUCCAUGAACCCGUAACACCCUCGGGAGGACACAAUGUUUGCACAGAACCCUGGUUGAAGAAUGACUGCUCUAACCCUUCUCUGCUCUAUAUAAAAUGAAAAAAAAAGUUUUGGUUGGAGUUUGAUAUCCUGAGUGUUCUUCACAAUAUGAAAAGGUGUACAGGCCUCCUUAAAAGUAGAAGUGACAAAUGGUGAUAUAAAGAACUUAGAAGAUUUUAUAUGUAAACGUUGUGUUUUUCUGUCACUAUCAAGGUUACCUGUCUCCUAUUGUUCAAUAAUUGCAAUCAGUCAAUGCAGAUAUGUAGAAAAAAAAGUCUGAAUUCUGAGGGAAUGAUGGUUCAUUUAAUUGAUCAUGAUAAUCUGGUCAACUGAUGAUAUACCACCUUCCAGAGCUCAUAAGGGUAUUCCAUGUCAUGAGCAAUUGUCUCAUGGACUUGGUGUAUAAUAAACUGUGUGGCUCCUCUCAGCUCAUGUUGUUGCUAUUGAGUACAGGUGACAUAUUUGCUGGUUUACAAGUUGUUGGUCCUCCUGCAAUGCAGGUAAGGGGUGCCCUUGGUGUUGAAAACAAUUUUCUGCAUGUAUGCACUGAGUGAUUAAACAAACUUGUUGCAUUUUUGUGUUGAUAGCCAAAGUUUGAAUACAGUGUCAUCAUAGUAUUUAUUCUUGUCACUGUAUAAAAACAGAUGGGAGACGUGGUAAGAUUCCUAUGGGACCGGUUCCUUGCAUUGACAGAUACAGUGUACAUUGUAUCAGCCAUCUGCUGAUCUCUACUCGUUAAGGGAAAGUAUACACAAAGUCUGGAGGCUGGUGGAUCACCAGUAGAGGAGGACUGCAGAACCAUCAAGGAAUGCAUGCAAUUUCAUUUUAUAUGCCAAAAAAAAUGCUCCACCGUAGUGUCCAUGAGGUUUAACAGGAAUGUAUAAUGGUUUGCACAUAUUUACUUGAAUUAUUAGCACUAAGGAAAUAUAUUUAAUAAAAUACUGAAAUUUUUUGAUGAGCUGUCUCUUUAGCUAAUCCUUAUGCUCUGUGGAUCCUUUAUUAACUGUUUGUAAAAUAGAGAUUGUGUACACAUAGUUAAUCGGAUAUAAAACAGCAGGUAAAAAGCUUAUAAAGUACAGUUGCCAUUUAAUCGUUCUAUAAUGUUACAUAAACACUUAUUUUUUAAGGAAAAA